GGCCUUCGAUACAUUUUAGUUACCAAGAAUGGACAACUUCUUGGUUUAAUCACUAAGAAGGACGUUCUGCGACAUCUUUCUGCUAUUCGUCAUCCAGAUAUUAUGAACACCGGUGAUUCUCAGGAACAACAAAACUAUAUGAUUUUAUCAGAACGUAGAAUGUCUGGUCUUACUAAUGAUUUUGGAACAGUUUAA